ACCGCCAGCGACUCUCACUCGGACUGCGAUCUUGGCGCAGCCUGCCAUCAGCACACCGCCAAUGACGAGGCGCAGCCCGGGCAGCCUCCCGUCCACGGCGCACAAGGCCUGUGCGCGCUGUUUAAGCGGGAGCGCCAGGUUUGGGGUUCAGCCGACUGCCACGAAGAGCGUGCUGGUGAGGAGCGCAUUGCAAGCUUCUCCGGCCUACUGGGGCGAGUCCGAGGUGUUCUGGUCGUCAGGUCCACUGACCAAGGGUCUAAUAGACACCCUCCUCAUGAUUGGGGGAAUUGAGAGCAACCCGGGAAUGUAUCAGAAGCCGUACACCCCAAGUGGCUUAGCAGAAGGACCCAAGUUCCACAUUCCGCCGUGGCAGGAGGUUCAGGAGAGUGCCCGGCCAAAACCUCCUGACACUCAGCGCUUCUUCGAAGAGUGGAAGAAGAACCGCAAUCAAGGGGCAGAGGCAUCAACCCGCUCUGCAGACCAGCCGGCCCAGCCCCAGGAGCUGGAGCAGCUGCUUGUGUCAGGCGGCGGCGGCGAGCCGGACGGCGAGCAGGGCGGCACUGCACUGGCACCCUCCCCGGCUCUCCCAACAGCUGACGCCCCCCCUACCUCGGAGCCGCUCCAGUCCGCCGCUCUACCUGAACACGCCUCGGAUCCGCAGAUCGAACCCGCCGGCAGAGUUGCAGAAGCGCCCCCUGCGCCCCCCCGGCACGGCUGAUGCACUCCAGCUGACAGAGCCAUUGUUGUCGGCUGCCCCUACUGAAGCGGCUCCCGAAGUGAUGGAAGCACCUGCCGCGGCGCUGCCAACAGCUGACGGCCCCCCUGCAGCAGAACUGCCCAUGCCGCCUCUGACCGACUUUUCCAAAGGUGCUUUAGGAGCUGAGGUACGCAAAUCCCUCACGAAGUGUGUGGCCCAGCCCUUUGCUUAAUUGUAGAUUCGCUUUGCAUGUCGCUAGAGCACGAAAUUGAGUGCGAAUCUGACUCCCCUUUUACCCGUCAUCAUUAGGAUCCAUGUU